AUGCGAAUCCACACAACACCACAGCGCCGGACAACGUCUACCAUCUCGUUGGAUAAUUCCAUCGAUCCGUCCUUGAUGGAUACAAGCGUUCCGGCCGUGUUUCCUCCCGCAAUUAGACGCUAUCCUUACAAUGGAUUAACGGCAGCGGAAGAGUACGAACAGGGCCAAUCGCAACGGGUGCAGGAAUCGAUCGGUCAUAGUAGUACGCCCAUGUUUAGUGUACCACGGCCAGUACCAACAGUUUCGGAGCGUAUCAUCGGCUAUGGUAGACGAUCGAACAAUUACGACGAGAACGGUAUCGAAGUGCAGCAGCUGGCAAACGGGGAUCUGGCACUGAUCGGUAACCGGCUCUGCCGAGAAGAUUCCCGUAUUAGCAUCACCGAUCCUCAGCAGGGUCGGUUUGCGAGGUUAAAGAAAAUUUGCUCCUUUGGUACACUGUCUAGUGGUGAUGAUGGUGGUGGUGGUUCUGAUUCAGAACGAUCCAAUGGAGUUAGUAGAAGCCAGCACUGGAUGCUGCUAAUUACACCCGUCGUUUCGAGUUUCUCUUUGGCACUCGUAAUAGCGGCCGUUGUAGGUCCUCAGUGGUUACUAACGGAAGAGAAAAUUCCUGUCACUACGUACCACAACAGUACGCACGGAGCUGGCCACAAUACGGUGCUGACGACGCCUGCCACCAGCUCCAGCCUGCACAAUCAGCAGUUAAACAUACAGCAUCCGCAUCUAAUACCGGCCACGAAGGACGAUAUCAGCGGUGCUUAUCUAACCAAGUACACCAAAUCAUCGCUUUGGAUGCUCUGCAGUAAGUAUAAUGGUGGCACCGUAUCGGGGCAACAACAGCAGCAGCAUCAAGUUGCUGGCGAUGAAUUCCAGUGCUCCAGCAUCGAUUAUUUCCCGAGCGAAGGGUACAGCCCGGAUCCGAACGAUUCGACGAAUGCAAUUCCUUAUACCGUAACGCAUUCGUCACCGUUUUUUCUCGCCUCGAACGGUGUCCUCAUCGUGAGCUACGGUCUGUUCCUGGUGGCCAUGUGCUCGACGAAGCACAAAAUCUGCUACUUCGUCUCCGGGGUGCUAUUUAUAAUAUCCGGCUUGCUAAUGCUGAUCGGCCUGAUAAUGUACAUUUCAAUACUGAAGGCAGAAAUAGGUUCCAAGUUGCGGCCAAGGUCGUCACUGCAGGCUCCCCAGUUUACAUUUCGCUACGGGCAAAGCUUUUUGCUGUACGUGUUCGGGUUUAUCAUCACCGAACUCUCCGGCAUCUUGAACGUUCUGAUCUACUCGAACGUACAGCAGGACGAGUACAGUGUGCACGACGGUGCAGGCCAUUCGGCCUAUCCGACCUAUCAAAAUUUGUCGGGUGGAAUCCUUUACAAUCUACACUAUCGGCGCGAGAUGCCCACUGCUCGUGAUGAUGAGCUCGUCAAAGGCCAGGAAGGACCUCCCAUCGUUGACUAUCGAUAUCCUUACGAUGGGAUUGACUGUGAACCCACGCCUAGAUAUUAUUUCGAGCAGCAACAACAGCAACCAGAUGAUAACGAAAUCGAUUGUCGUGUACAUAGACGAGCGUUUGGACGUGAGACGCACGAUGGAAUAUCCAAAAGUCUCACCGAUCUACUCUACAUGGAACCUACGCAAGCAUACCCCGAUCGAGAUGCUUCCCAGUCGCGUGUACGAACUAACGCAGACGGGCAACGUACGGACCAGCCACGGUCGCCCAUCGCAAACUUGGAAUUCUCCCACUGGUCCUCCUCAACCGGCAAGCUCACGCGUAGCGUAUCGACCUACACCGAUCUUCUACCGAUCAAUGACUUUGCUCCGGACGAUACGCGGCGCAAUCGGCGCGCAAGUUCAAGAUCGCCGUCUCGUAGCGAUGACGAUACUACCACAAAGGUAGGCAAAAUAUGUGGCCUAUCUCGUCACUAUCUGUCCCGGGAGCUGUCCAAAGAAAAGCUAUUCAACGAGUUCUGCAAAAAGGUUGGACCACGACCAAAACCAAAGGACAUCUACUACAUCGAGAGUGAUGGUCGAAACGGGGACAGCAGCUAUCGUAGCGUGUACGUCGUGGAACCAUCUUCACCACAUGCUCAGCGAAAUCGAUCCUCUCAGCGCAGACGAAACUCGAUGGCGGACACACGACGUGCGUCCAAUUAUCACCACCGCAUACAUUCGGACAAUUCGUUGGAUGAUUUGAUGAACGAUGCACGAUACAAUCGCCGCCGGGAUCCGAUGGGACGGGCACGAUCGGUGGACUACAGGCAAACGUUACCGCGCAAUUUUCAGCAGCGUCACAUGGCAACCAGUGACCUAGAGGAUGAGACUGGUGGGUUUGGUGAGCGACUCGAGUUGGAAAGGAAGCGCAUAUCCGCGAGUGGACUUCUAAUGGAACCAGAGCGGAAUAAUUCAUCACAUGGAGACCUUUCCUCGGAUGGGAUAAUACCCGGCAGAUGGCACAAAGCUGGCGAAAAACUACAAAAUGGACUCGCAAAGGAUACCAGCAGAAUAUCGAACACGGCGACACAUUGUCCCAAAUAUUUGGACCCACCUCCACCCACCUAUACGUCCACGCUUUCGACCUCCAUCACAUCCGCACAACAGCAAAAGGACGACCUUCCUCCGCCAGCAGGCGCAUCUCACACGUAUCGAAGUUAUGGCGAUUUAACAACCCAUCAGCAGGACUACCGCCGACCAACGAUACUUUCACCGCAUGCUUUCUCACCGAUUAAUAAGGCAGCAACACCACCAGCAUUGAGGCCACUUCUCACUGUGGUGCAGCAGCAACCACCACACCGGCACAUUCAUCAUCAGCAUCACCGCCACCAUAAUGCCGGACAGCAGCAGCAGCAACUAUCUGCUGAGGCAACGAUUUUCAACCGCAACCAGUCUCUGCCAUCGCCAGUGUUCGAUCUGGAUCGUAUCGAGCAGGAACGGCGUAAAUCACACUCACAGCUCUUUCUCAACAGCCCAGUAGCGCAUUACGAUUUCGUAAACGGUACAGCCGUUUGA